AUGUACAUCGGCGAUACCGACGACGGCUCCGGCCUGCACCGCAUGGUGUACGAGACCGUCGACAACGCCGUGGACGAGGCGCUGGCGGGCUAUUGCGAGCAUAUUCAUGUGGUGCUGUGCGCCGACGGAUCGGCCUCCGUCAGCGACGACGGGCGCGGGAUUCCCACCGAUAUCCACGAGGAGGAGGGCGUCUCCGCCGCCGAGGUCAUCAUGACCAAGCUUCAUGCCGGCGGAAAGUUCGACCAGAACACCUACAAGGUCUCUGGCGGGCUCCACGGUGUCGGCGUUUCGGUGGUGAACGCGCUUUCGGAGUGGCUGGAGCUCCGUAUCCGCCGAGAUGGCAAGGAAUACGCCAUGCGCUUCGCCGGCGGUGAGCCCGAGGCGCCGCUCCGCGUCACGGGCGAGACCGCCGAGCGCUCGGGCACGCGCGUGACCUUCCUGCCGUCAAGCCAGAUUUUUUCGCAAAUCGAGUUCAAUUUCGACGAGCUGGAGCACCGGCUGCGCGAGCUCGCCUUCCUCAACGCCGGCCUGCACAUCACACUCAGGGACGAGCGCGCAGCCGAGCCCCGGGUCACGGAAUUCUACUACGAGGGCGGCAUCGAGGCGUUCGUCGGCUACCUCGACCGCGCAAAGCAGUCGCUGGUCGGCGACGCCAUCAUGAUCCAGGACCGCCGGGGCGACAUCAUCGUCGACGCCGCGUUGCAGUGGAACGACAGCUAUCAUGAGACGGUACUCUGCUUCACCAACAACAUCCGCCAGUCCGAUGGCGGCAGCCACCUCGCGGGCCUUCGUGCGGCGCUGACCCGCGCCGUCAACGGCUAUGCCACCCGAAGCGGCAUUGCCAAGCGGGAGAAGGUGUCGAUCACCGGCGAUGAUGCCCGUGAGGGGCUCACCUGCAUCCUUUCGGUCAAGGUGCCCGACCCGAAAUUCUCCUCCCAGACCAAAGAGAAGCUGGUCAGCUCCGAGGUCCGGCCGGUGGUGGAGGGGGUCGUCAGCGAGGGUCUCGGCCAGUGGCUGGAAGAGCAUCCGACGGAGGCCAAGUCCGUUGUCGCCAAGGCGGUCGAGGCGGCAGCGGCGCGCGAGGCGGCCCGCCGCGCCCGCGACCUCACGCGCCGCAAGAGCGCGCUCGAGGUCACGAGCCUACCGGGCAAGCUCGCCGAUUGUCAGGAACGCGACCCGAGCCGCUGCGAGCUCUUCCUCGUCGAGGGCGAUUCAGCCGGGGGCUCGGCCAAGCAGGCGCGCAAUCGCCGCAACCAGGCGGUGCUGCCGCUGCGCGGCAAGAUCCUCAAUGUCGAGCGGGCGAGGCUCGACAAGAUGCUGAGAUCGGCCGAGAUCGGCACCAUCAUCACCGCGCUCGGCACCGGCAUCGGCUCUGAGGAUUUCGAUCUGGCGAAGCUCCGCUAUCACCGGAUCAUCAUAAUGACCGACGCUGACGUUGACGGCUCGCACAUCCGCACGCUGCUGCUCACCUUCUUCUACCGCAACAUGGAGGCGUUGAUCCGCGCGGGCCAUCUCUACAUCGCCCAGCCCCCGCUCUACCGUGUCUACAGCCACCCUGUCGUGAUGCGGCGCAAGGAGAGCGAGACCGAGGUCAACUCGCCGAGCGCGCUGCUGGAGGCCAUCUAUGCGGCCGGGCGCAAGGGGCUCACGAUCCAGCGUUACAAGGGCCUCGGCGAGAUGAACCCCGAACAGCUGUGGGAGACCACGCUGGACCCCGAGGUGCGGACCUUGCGGCUGGUGGAGAUCAAACAGGCGCAGGAGGCGGAGGAGAUCUUCUCGACCCUCAUGGGCGAGGUGGUCGAGCCGCGCCGCGAGUUCAUCCAGCAGAACGCGCUUAAGGUCGUCAAUCUCGACGUCUAG